AAAAAAAAAUAUAUUUUUUAGAUUUUUAUACAUAUAUUAAAGUUUAAUGUUUUCAAAUAAUAUAUUUCUACCAAACAUUAUAUGCCCACAUAUUCGAAAAAAAAAUAAAUGCGAUAUAUUAUUAUGUCCUUUUGGACACUCAUAUCAUGAAACUCAUUAUAGAAAUUCAAAAAAACAAAAGCAAACACAUGAAUCUAGUACUUCUAGUACUUCUGUAAUUUCAGCUGAUAAUUAUAUUAAUACAAAUGCAACAAAUUCAUAUGAUAACAACUUUUAUAAUAAAACAUUUCAUUAUAAAAAAAGUUAUAUCAAUGAUAAUUUCACAAAUACCAUUCAAUUAAAUAAUCUAGAAAAAAAUGAUUUAAAAAAUAACUUAUCACAAAAUACAUCUGAACUGGAUAACGUAGGUCCAAAAUUUAUAUCUACACUUAUUCAUAUACCUCAUGAAACUCGUGUCCAUUUCUUUAAACUUAUAAAACAGGAAUUUCUAAGAAUAUAUUCAGAUGUGAAUGAAAAUGAAUUUUUAGCGCAAAAUGCUUCAUUAAAAAAGGAACUUGAAAUUUUAAAUUCAACAUAUCAAAAUAAAACCAUUUAUAUCAAUUCAUGCAAAAACUUUAUAAUUUCUUUGAAAAAAACAUAUAUCAAAAAAUCAAAUGAAAUAUCUGAUAAUGUAUUACCAAAUCUCGAACAUAUGAAUAUAUCACUAUCAGAUCUCGAAAAAUAUAUAUUAAAUAAUGACCAACUUCAAACAGCUGGAUAUAUUUUAGAGAUACCUGUACCUAAAACACAGUCAACUGAUAUUUUUUUGCAUUGUGAUAGAUGUAAUAUGCCAUUUUCAAUAGAUAAAAACAAUACUUAUACAAAAUGCAAUUACCAUUGGGGAAAAUUAAUUAAAACUAGUUACGAACAAAAUAAAAUAUAUUCAUGUUGCUAUGAUAAUAAUACUUAUUCAAAAGGAUGCAUAACAUCACCUCAUCAUGUCUUCAAAAUUACAUCGCCAUCAAAACUAUCAGCGCAAAUACAAUUUGUUGAAUCUCAAGCACCUAUGCAACAAUCAUCCUUUUUGACAGCAGCUGUUCUUGAUUGUGAAAUGAUUUAUACUACAGGAGGAAUGGAACUAGCUAGAGUUACUAUUUAUGAUAUUAACGAAAAUUUGUUACUUGAUAAAUUAAUUAAGCCAAAAAACAAAGUCUUAGACUUCAAUACUCGUUGGAGUGGUAUAAAAUCGUUAAAUGAUGCAAAAAUUUCAUUGUCUGAUUUACAUAAUAUCAUUUUUAUAGAAUUGAAACUAUGCAAUUUAACUAUAUUAAUAGGACAUGGUUUAGAAAAUGAUUUAAUAGCUAUAAGACUUAUUCAUAAACGUAUAAUAGAUACAGCAUUGUUAUUUCAACAUAAAAAAGGAUUACAACACAAAUACUCAUUAAAAUACCUUGCAAAAAAGUAUCUUAAACGAGAAAUACAAACAAAUGUUGUAGAUGGACAUGAUAGUAAAGAAGAUGCUAAAGCAACAUUAGAUCUUCUCCGAUAUAAAAUCUAUCAUGAUAAAUUAAAGAAAUAAUUUUCACAUAAAAAUAUAUAGUUUUUAUGUUACAAUUCAUU